AUAACCCGACAACAAAACAUUUUUUCAACCCCUGGCUCCCCGGGUUCCUGUCGGUCAGCGCUAGAAUCUUAGCGCAUGACCUUUCUGAUACAAUAUGGGAAACCGAUCGUCACCUUCAUUUUCAGCCGCUUAUGUUAGGCAUCCUUGCCCCUCGCCGUGGAGUUGGGGGCCAAAUUUGUCCAAACAUUUAAUGGUGCAGUUGCUCCUUCUCGCGGGCUUAAAUUUCUUCGUGUAGGUAUAUUCCUCGGUAUUGAUGAAGACUCCGAAAUGGCGAAAUCGAUAGGAUCAGACUUCUCGAUGGAAGAGAUGUGGCGAGAUGCUACCGUUAGAUUCAGCGAGCGUACUGGGAUUAAUAUCAACAUAAAACCACCAAAGACGUUAAACGACUGUAUUAAGGAGUUAGAAGCUAGCCGGACUCCUGCUGAGUCCAAUGGAAAUAAAGACACAAAAAAAUUGGAGGACUACGGUAUCAAUGUCCUCCGAUGUCUGAAGUUACUUGGUGGCGUGGCCGCACAAGGAGCCGAGAUGGUUUUUGGUGCGCCAUCGACCAUGUGCUUUAACGCGCUGUAUCUACUACUAGAUAUUCCCGAGCAGCUCAAGUCCUUCCGCGAAGCGAUCGAUGGACUCUUCGAAACCUUGGCGCCUUCUCUCAGUGUCUUUAGAAUCUAUGAGAGGAUAGAUCAGUUCAACGAUAUUGAGCCAGAGCUCAAGCAAGCUAUUCACCAGGUGAUGAUUAGCUUUGUAGACAUUUGCGCUCUGUCUAUCCAGCUUCGAGACUCGGGCAAGUGGCGCAAGUUUAAAUCUAGAAUGAAGUAUCUCAUCAUUAAUGAUGACUCGGGCAUCAAAUCUGAGAUUGAAAAACUUCAAAGGCUAACCAACGCUCAUCAUUCGAUACAGUCAACUCAAACUUUGAAAGUUGUGCUUGAUACCAGGGGCGACCUUACAGAUUAUUUUGACAGGGAGUCGGAAAGAAGUCAGCAGAUAGCGGUUGACGUUGCGAGCCUUAAAGCGUCCGACGACAAACGUAAUUUGGAGGAUAGUAGACGCAAGUAUGUCGAGAACAUUAAGAAGAAGCUGGGGAUUGAAGAAGCAGUCUUCAAAUCUUUCAAGGAUAUGUGCGACAAGCCGAGGCGAGACUGUGUACCGAACACAGCAUUAUGGCUUGUCAAUCGUCCUGAAUUCCAACGAUGGGCCGAGAGAGAUGACAAGGAAUCAGAGAACUUGUUUAUUCUGAUGGGAGCUCCCAACACGGGCAAAAGCGUCAUGGUCUCCUCAUCACUACAUCAUCUACGAUCCAUAUACGAAUCUUCUAUCAGGUACGCGCCGAGAACCCUGAUUUCUGCGCACUUCUUUCCGAAUACCACGGCCAAGGAUGAUCAAGACAAGAGACCUAUCGCGACGGCCCUGAAAUGCAUCGCUAUUCAACUCGCAGAGCAGGAUAGCGCGUACGCUAAGGCUCUUUCCCAAUCUUGCGACAGCAAGAAUGAUAAUACAGCCUUCUUUAGAGAUGCUAGCUGUCAAGAGCUGUGGGACUCGCUUCGCAUUGGCUGGCCUAAAGGGAACGCGACACAUUAUCUCGUCCUCGACGGUCUCGGUGGGUUACCAGAUGAAUCUCCGGAUAACAGGGAGGAAAAAGAACAAUUAUUGAAUAUCAUACGCAAUUCUGUCCAACCGUCCGUGCGGGUGCUGUUGUCCGUGAGGCAGGAUACACUGCAGCUCAAUGACCUUCCUCCGCAUUUCAAAAUUGAUAUCGAGGAACAUAGCAAGCAAGACAUCGAGAAAUACAUCGAACACUAUCUUGGAAACAAUGACCUUCUCCAAGACGACGAUGACGAGCCACUCAGGACAAAGGUUGUGCAGACUUUGGCUACGCAAGUGGGCGGUAAAUUCAACAAAGUGAAGGCUGCGCUCGAGAAUAUCAGGGAAGUUAUUGCCUCAGAUGGAUUAGAGACCGAACUUGACAGAGUUCUGGAUGAGUCAAAUAUGAAUGAAAAGCAGAUUUCCCAGACCGUGAUUGGCCAGUUAGAAGAGAGGCUGACUGGGGAAGAAAUCGAUGAGCUCAAUGAGCUUCUCAUAUGGGUUAUUUGCGGUAGAGUCUUCUUCACUGUCGAUGAACUCAACGCUGCUCUGAUACUUCGCUCUAGAAGAAGAGGGACUUUGCGACUCAGGAAGAAACUGGAGGGAAAAUACUCUAAUAUCUUGAAGAUCAGAAAGGAUGGCACGGUGAACGUCACUGACGAUAUGGAAGAGACACUCACGAAAAGGAGGGAGAGGCCAAGAAGUGUUGAUGACACCCCAACUUUUACCGCGACAAUAUCAGUUACCAAGGGUGACCUUAGAACCGUUCAGUCGUUUCUGUGGAGCUUGUCCCAGAAAGUCGACUCCUUGGCUCAUGACACUUUCGGGUUUGAAAAGAUUGCAGAACAGAAAGGGGUAAAGAACAACAUACAACUAAACGAGGUGGACGGAUAUUUCAGCCUACUUAGGCGAACUUUCAGUUUACUUGCAAGUGAGCCCAAUAAGGAAUCAGAAAUGCUAGGCGACUAUCUUCUCAAUUAUCUACCACAGCACCUCGAAGAACUGUGGGAAAAAUCAAUCGGAUUCGACGAGCUCACGCUAUCUCAAAAACAAGAAAUUGGCGAGGGCCUCUUCUCACUUUUCGUGAGUGGUGAAGCUAUUGAAAGACAUUGGAACAGCUGCCAGUCAGUAGUGUGGUAUAAUACUCCCGAUGAAAUAAAGAUCUUCCGGACGUGGUUAGAUGAUGCAAAUGUUACUAGCCGCUUGGGACGCCUGGAUCGAGAUUGGCUGAAAAAGGUUAAGGAGAGCUCGAAUCCGGACCAGGCCCUGCUUGAAAAUAUUAUGCGAACCGUUGCUUGGCUUUGGUUGCGCGAUAGGAAGUGGGCUGCAGUAAGACCGUUCGCAUGGUUGAGAGGGUUUCAUGAACUGCCAUCGCCACUUGAAGAACAGAGUAACACAGAUGGCGACAAUGAAAAGUCUAGACCAACAACGAUUGAGGACAUCACGGAGUGGUGUAAAGGGGUUCAUCCUAUCACUACUGACGAAGAAAAGGCUCUUAUGUACGAACGACUUGGAGAAACGUACCAUGCCGAAUUCCAACUCCCGAAAGCAAUCGAGGCGUAUAAUAAGUCCAUUGAAUUAGGAAAUCUUAGCUGGCAAUGCCUUGGUGGAUUAGCAAGGGUCCUUGCAGAAGAUAAACAAUAUGAAAUGGCUUGCCAGGAGAUGGAAAAGGCACUGGAUAUCCUGAAUGGCGAGGAUGUUCCGAAGAAAGACGCCCUUCUCAGCGCCAACUAUAGCUGCCUUGCCGAAUGGCAAGUUGAGCUCGGGCAAUCCAAGCGUGCCAUUGAAUAUGCGAAAAAAGCCAUUGAACUGCUUCCGGACGAGCAUAGACCUCGGUUUGAACUCCUAAAGAUUUAUCUCGACAAUGAUUUCGUCAAUGAUGCAGUUGAUCUCCUGAGAGACUUCGUCAUGGCCGCACCACCUAAGAACGGAAUAAGCCUGUUUGGAAGGGCCAUAACUGAUAUGAUACUUGGAGGGAGGCCCGCCGUCAUGUUCGCGAGGUGCUUCAACGCGCUUUCUGGAAACCCAGAGACUUUUGCUAGUGUGGUCCGACAAAUGGACCUUGUGAUUGAGCAGGCGAGAUCAGAAGAAUACAUUUAUAAAAUAGCAACAUUGCUUCUUUAUAAAGGUAUCGCCAUCUACCGCUAUGAUCUGGGAGAACCUACGCGUGUCCAGAAAGCUCUAUCGUGCUGGGAGCAGUGCGUAGGCCUUGGGAAAUAUACCGGGGUCCCUGCUCAGUUAUCGGCCAUCAGUUGGAUAUGUGGUUACUACUUCGACCAAAUCAAUGCGUUGAGUAAAUCGAACUCCACUGGAUUUGAUGUCUACGUGGAAAAGAUGAAUGAUUUGACAAGUCAAACGCCUGCUUUAUCGAAUAUCGAUGCGAAGACAUACUUGGCAAGUUAUUAUGCUAGGAUCGCAAAAGACGUACCGAAAGCUCGGGCAAUCUUGCAGGCGCAUAUUGACUCAGCUUUUGACGUACUCUCCGAUGACAUCGACGACAACGAUAGCGAUGGCUACUAUUCUCUUGCAGAAGUUCUUCUGUAUUGCGGUGACGAAAUUAGCGCGCUCUCUGCGUUUUCGCUGCCACUGCCCCCGUCACCUAACAGGGAAGUCCUAUCGUGGAUCCUUGAAUCAGAAUCGGAACUAAAGCAAUUCCUAAGUACUAAACUAAUUGCUGCCGUUGCGAAAACUUGUCCCACAGCUUCUAUUGAUGACCAGCUAGAAUUCUUGAUCAGACACAUCAAUGAAAUUCUUGACACGACGGAUGAUGAUAAAGGUACAACUACUCACGACGCAGCUACUUCAGAGGAUAACACAAAUCCCACUGAAAACUCUGCCGAUACCAAUGGCGAUGCCGACAGUGUAGCGAACACACAAUCCGCGAAGACUUCUGAUUUAACAAGUAUAGACAACGACAGCGUCAUCGACACGAGGCGGAAGCCGGCAGCUGAGGAUGAAGACGUGGGAGUGGAAACGAAGACUGCGUAUGGAGAGAUCCUGGCAAGGCUCAAGCAAUGGUCCCAUGCGCGCGAAUACGGGGCAAGGCGUUGGUGCGAUGUUUGCGACACGAUGUGGGAUCUCGACAAUGGGUUAAACCAUUGCAAGUAUUGCUACAACAUAGAUUUCUGCGAUAGAUGCCUGGAUAAGCUGAAGGCUGGCACUCUCAAGAUGACGUCUCUCGAAACCCAAUGUAACAAAGACCACGAUUGGUUACGACUCCCGAAGUGGGAUAAGGAGAGAUACCUUCGCGCCUUUAGGAACGUUGUCUAUGUUGGGGACCACAUUGACAGCGAGGGGAGACGUGUAGAGGCAAAGGAAGUACCCGCUUCAGAAUGGCUCGAUGGAUUGAAGAAGGAAUGGUGUGUGAAGGAGAAGCCCGCGCAAGCUGCAAACGCGAGCGAGGAAGUAGCCGUUGAGGAUUGAAUGGUGAUUAUGGCAAAGAUAGCAGGAUAGUGAUGAUGGUACGCUAAAGGGUUUGACGGAUAUUGUAAGCCUACCUAGGUAAGUGCGGAUGUUAAUGGGCAC